GCUGAACAAAAUGCAGCAAACGUGUCUCUCUCUUCUGCUUGGCCUCUGCCUUCACCUGGUUUUCCUUUGCAGAGCCGAGGAAGGUCUGGAGUUCCCCAAUUUCGACGGGAAGGACAGGGUGAUGGACAUCAAUGAGCGCAACUACAAAAAGGCUCUCAAGAGAUACGACCUGCUGUGCCUGUUCUACCAUGAACCUCUGCCGGCCAACAAGGGUCUCCAGAAGAGGUUCCAGAUGACAGAGCUGGUGCUCGAGCUUACAGCUCAAGUCCUGGAGAACAAAGACAUUGGUUUUGGAAUGGUGGACUCCCAGAAAGAUGCCAAAGUAGCCAAAAAGCUGGGACUGGAGGAGGUGGGCAGCUUGUAUGUGUUCAAGGACGACCGCGUCAUUGAGUUCGACGGGGAGCUCUCAGCAGACACUCUGGUGGAGUUCCUGCUGGAUGUGCUGGAGGACCCAGUAGAAAUGCUCAACAAUGCCAUGGAGCUGCGAGCCUUCGAGAGGAUGGAGGAAGACAUCCGCCUCAUUGGUUACUUUAAAGGAGAAGAUUCAUACUUCAGAGCUUUUCAGGAGGCCUCAGAGCGGUUUCAGCCUUACAUCAAGUUUUUUGCUACAUUUGAUAAAUCUGUAGCCAAACAUCUUUCACUCAAGAUGAACGAAGUAAAUUUCUAUGAGCCAUUUAUGGAGGAGCCAGCCAUCCUGCCUGGAAGACCUCUGUCUGAGAUGGACAUUGUUGAAUUUGUGACCCAGCACAGGAGGGCAACUUUGAGGAAGCUCCGAGCAGAGAAUAUGUUUGAGACAUGGGAGGAUGACAUGGAUGGGAUCCAUAUCGUUGCCUUUGCUGAGGAAGAAGAUCCAGAUGGCUACGAGUUCCUGGAAAUCCUGAAAGACGUGGCCAGAGACAACACCAACAACCCAGAGCUGAGCAUCGUCUGGAUCGACCCCGACGACUUCCCUCUGCUGACCACUUACUGGGAAAAAACUUUUAAGUUGGACCUGUUCAGACCCCAGAUCGGCGUGGUCAAUGUCACAGAUGCAGACAGCGUGUGGCUGGACAUGUCCAACGAUGAGGACCUGCCCACCCCAGAGGAGCUGGAGGACUGGAUAGAGGAUGUCCUGUCAGGGAGGGUGAACACCGAGGACGACGACGAGUCAGCCGAUGACCGGGAAAACUCUGACAGCUACGUCACGGAGGACAGCGAUGAAAUUCAUGACCUAGAUGAGGAAGAUAAUGACGAUAACUACAACUGACUCCCAAAGGUUCAUGUCCUGGCAGUUCAGACCUGCGCCAAAAGCACUGAACUG